AUGGUGUACGAUCAUAAGACAAAGCAGUGGGAGGAACCAACGGCACUGGAGCGGGAGCUGGCAAUGGGGUAUGGGGAAGACAUAACGAAGGCAGCAGGGGUGACAGAACAGGAAAGGAGGAAGGCAUUAGGACAGGCAAUGGACGGACAGGUGAUGCAGUGGCUGAUGCGCCGAAUGUGGAGAGGGCUGGUGCUGGAAGGGGAGCAGGAGCUGCGGAGCAAGAAGGAGGGAGUAAAAAGGGUGGGGGCAUGGGCGUGUGUGGCAGCACAGGAAGAGCCAGCGUGGGUAGUGGGGAAUGCAAUGAGCAAACAGGGGAAGAAGGCAAUGCAGGAGGUGCUGGCCAGGUACAGGCAUGCCUUUGCAUUCAACCUACAGGAGCUGGGAAAAUGCACAGUGAGGGAGAUGGAGCUGAAGCUGGUCACGGAGGAGCCAGUGUUUCAAAGGAAGCGGAGAAUGACACCCGGGGAUGAAGACAUCUGCAAGGAAAAAUGCAAAGAGUUGCUAGAAGCAGGGUUGAUACAGAGAUCAGAAUCAGAGUACGCGACGCCGACAGUGGUAGCUGCACGAAAGGACCUGCUGGGGGAGGUGCUGAGUCGACGGAUGUGUGGGGACUACCGAGCACUGAACAAAGUGACAGUGCCCGAUAGGUACCCAAUGCCGACAGCGGAGGAUAUUUUUGACCGACUGGGGGAGAUCUUCAGCACGCUAGAUUUGAGACAGGGCUUCAACCAGAUCAAGAUCAGAAAGGAGGACGUGCGGAAAACGGCAUUCCAUGGAGCAGACGGGCUGUACGAAUGGCUGUUUAUGCCAUUCGGGCUGAGGAACGCGUCGGCCAUCUUUCAGAGAGUAAUGGACAGCGUGUUGCGGGGGCUGGAGUGUGCAGCAUGUUACAUAGAUGACGUAGUGAUAUUCAGCAGGAGUGAGGAGGAGCAUGUGCGAGACGUGGAGCGGACGCUGAAGGCGUUGGCGGCGGCAGGGCUGACCUGUCACCCAAAGAAGUGCAGGUGGGGGGAAGCAACGGUGCAGUACCUGGGGUAUGAGGUGAGGGGCGGACAGAUAGGGAUUCAGCGGGCAAAGGUGGAGGUGCUGAACAGGCUGCAGCAGCCGAAGGACAGAAGCGGGCUGCGAGCGGUGCUCGGUUUUCUGAGUUACUACCGAAGGUUUGUCCCCAAUUUCAGCAAGCGCGCGGCACCGCUGAACGGGCUACUGAGGGAGGACAAAAGGUGGGAGUGGGGGACAGAGCAAGAAGCGGCAUUGCGAGACUUGAUGGAGGCGGUACAGACAGCAACGAUUCUGCAGCUGCCCAAGGCCGACAAGCCAUUCUGCCUAUACACUGACUGGAGCAGCCAAGGCAUGGGGGCAAUCCUGUGCCAAGAGCUGGAUGGAGAGGAAAGGGUGGUGGCUUACGCGAGUAGGAGCUGUAACCCAGCAGAGGCCAAGUACAGCUCUUAUCAUGGGGAAGGGCUGGCUGCUGUGUGGGCCGUGAAGCACUUCAGAGGAGAAACGCGCGGUGGGCCGUGA